GAGCCUUGGGCUGAGUAAAAGUCUCAGUCUUCAUCUUGCAUCGAAAGUGUCGUGUGCCUAGUUCGGUUUCGAAAAUAUCGAAAAAAAAAUUAUUUUUUUCAUCAAAAUUAAUUGUUGUAUUUUGUGGCUUUGUGGCUGUAUUUUAUGUUCGUGAACUUUUUUGUUGAAGAGACAUACAUGUUCAAUUCCAAAUAAUUCUGAUCCAUGAGUUGAGUGGUCCCACUUUAGCAUUGUGAUUAAGCUUUCUUCGGCGCACAUACGAAAUUUCGCAGUCUUACUAAAUCGGUUUGACCCAUUUGAUUUGGAUAUCUAAAAUUUAGCUUUAGGAUAUUAAAAAUUAUUGGCAAAGGUAUCAACAAGAUGAACAAGAUGCGGAAUUUCCUCCUCAAGACGGUCGUCCACCGUCGCCUGCCCCAUCUACACAGUGUUCGUCAUGCCUGUGGCGAGGGGCGAAGCGGGCGUGGCCUCGUGAUCGGUGUCUAUCAAAAGGAGGGCGACAAGGACCCCAAGCUAACGCCCUCCGGUGAGAAGGUCAACGACCGGGUCCAAGGCAAGCUAACCGAAUUAAUAUGCGAGACAAAGCUCACUGGUCGCCUGGGGCGCGGUAAGGUCUUCAACAACAUCGAUCCUGAGUUCCGCAGCCUGGCGAUCGUGGGUGUCGGCCUUGAGGGGAUCGGCUUUAACGAGCUGGAGAUGCUGGACGAGGGAAUGGAGAAUGUCCGGGUGGCAGCCGGCAUUGGUGCCCGUUCCCUGCAGGAGAUCGGAUGCACUGAAGUAUUUGUAGAUGGCAUGGACUAUGCCGAACAGGCGGCCGAAGGCGCUGCCUUGGCCGUGUGGCGUUACUCCGACACCAUGUCGAAGCGCGAACGUCCCAACAUUCCGAAACUGGACCUCUACGACUCGCCGGAUGUGGACAGUUGGACGCGAGGUAUCUUCAAGGCGGAAGCACAGAACCUGGCGCGAAGGUUAAGCGACGCUCCGGCGAAUUGCAUGACCCCCACCCUGUUCGCCCAGGCAACUGUGGAUGCCCUGUGCCCGUGCGGCAUCACAGUGGAGAUACGCACCAUGGAGUGGAUCGAGCAGCAGCGCCUCAACUCGUUCCUCAUGAUAGCCAAGGGCAGUUGUGAGCCGCCCGUGCUGAUGGAGAUCAGCUACUGCGGCACCAAUCCCGAGGACAAGCCCAUCCUGUUCUUGGGCAAGGGCGUCACCUUCAACUCUGGCGCGCUUAACCUGCGGCCUUGUAAGGGCAUGGACGAGUACCGAGCCUGCAUGUCGGGAGCCGCCGCCUGCGUCGCCAUGAUGCGGUGCGUCGCAGCAUUGUCCCUCCCCAUUAAUGUGUGCUGCAUCAUUCCCCUGUGCGAGAACAUGCCCUCGGGCAUGGCCUGCAAGCCAGGCGAUGUGGUCACCCUGCUCAACGGCAGGUCAAUGGCAGUCAGGGAUCUGGACAAGGCCGGUGUAGUCGUGAUGUCCGAUCCUCUGCUUUACGGACAGUCGUCCUACAAGCCCCGCCUGGUUGUGGAUGUAGCAACCUUGGGCGAGGGCGUGAAGAAGGCUUUUGGCGGCGGUGCUACCGGCAUCUUUUCGAAUUCUCACUACAUCUGGAAGCAGUUCCAGUCGGCGGGCGCCCUCACUGGCGAUCGUGUCUGGCGUCUGCCACUGUGGCACUAUUAUAGGAAGCAAAUCACCGAUGAGAUGGGCUACGACCUGAGCAACGAUGGCCGCGGUCUGGCCUGCUCUUGUCUGGCCGCUGCCGUCCUCCAUGAGCUUGUGCCCUGCGUGGACUGGGCCCAUUUAGAUACCAGAGGUACCGGGCUCCUCACCAAACACGGUCUGAUACCAUAUCUUACCGUAAAACGUAUGACAGGAAGACCCACCCGUACCCUGGUCCAGUUCCUCUACCAAAUGGCCUGUCCCGCAGAUCAAAAGUAGUCUCAAUUGAUCUUAAAACGGCCAAUAUUGGGAGCACAUCUAUAAGGAUCUGAACGACGUGGAGUCUGUUAUUAGUGUUCAAUGUGUGUUUGUCGACAUAAUUGAAUAGCAUGUUGCCCGUCAGUGAAAUUCAGUGUGAAAUCAUAAAUUGUAGAUGUUCACGCACACUCAUCGAAAGAUGCGAGCUUGUUUAAUAAAAUAAGAAAAUCCUUAAA